AUAACCUUAGUUUUAAAACUUUUAAAAAUCUUUUCAAAGAGAAAUUUUUAAUUUUUUUGUAUUUUUCGUUAAAAAAUGGGCAAGAAAUCAAAAGACAAACGUGAUAUUUAUUAUCGCAAAGCUAAAGAACAAGGAUGGCGUGCCCGUAGCGCAUUUAAACUAUUGCAAAUCGAUGAAAAGUUUAAUAUUUUAAGCGGAGUGACCAAAGCGGUAGAUUUAUGUGCGGCUCCGGGUAGUUGGUCACAAGUUUUAUCGCGUAAAUUGUAUUUGAACGAAGAAAUCGACAUCAAAGAGCCGACUAAUUUGUUUUAUACUGAAGCUUUAACUCAGGUUCAAACACCAGCAACUAAUGAAUCCAAGAAAAACGAAAAUGUUAAAAUAGUAGCUGUUGAUUUACAGCCAAUGUCUCCAUUACCAGGCGUAAUACAAAUACAAGGAGACAUAACAAAAUACUCGACUGCACAAGAAAUAAUAACACAUUUUGAGGGAGAAAAAGCUGAUUUAGUUAUAUGUGAUGGAGCUCCGGAUGUAACAGGACUUCACUGUAUGGAUAUUUAUAUACAGGCACAGCUAUUAUUAGGUGCCCUACAUAUUACUUGUAACGUUUUGAGGGAGGGAGGGACUUUUAUAGCAAAGAUUUUUCGAGGCAAAGAUAGUGAUUUACUCACAAAUCAACUUUUAACUUUGUUUCGUGAGGUGCACGUUGCCAAACCGAAAAGUUCAAGACAUUCUAGUAUAGAAGCUUUUGUGGUGUGUCAAGGAUAUUUUCCACCUGACGGUUUUGAUCCCAAGCUAAUGACACCAUAUUUAGAGGUCUCAAACAAAGAUUUCAGUACAUUAGAAGGAAUAAACAGAGUUAUUAUCCCAUUCAUUGUGUGUGGCGAUGUUAGCGCUUAUGAUUCGGACACUACUUACCCUUUGCAACUUAAGGGAGAAGGACCGUAUGAGUACAGAGCUCCGGUCCAACCCCCCAUAGCCCCUCCAUACAGUUUCAAACCUGAACCCACCAAAUCUGACAUAGAUCAGUUUUUGAAGAAGAUCGACGAGGCUGCAAAAAGAGUAGGGUUAGGUUUGGGCGCGGAUAUGAAAAGCCUGAAUGACAGCGUGAGAAAACUGAAUUUGACUGAUAUAGAUGAUCAAGAGAGCUGUUCUUCUUCAAAUUUCGAUGACAUUGCCGAGGAUUCUUGUGAGAACGAGGCUAAAACUAAAGAUAUGUUUGAUAAUGGACCUUAUUUUGAUCUAUUGUUGAAAGUAGAAGAGGUAAAAAAGCUUAAAGUGGUGGAGGAAGAACCUGAAGCCACCAUAGAGCUGAGGAAUGUGGAUUUGAAAAAUUUGCAAGAACUCGAGUUUCUGUGCGAGUAUGAAAGUAGCGACCCAGAAAUUAUAGCUGCACUUUUGAAACACGUACAGCAAGGCAACAAUCCACAUACAUGUACUUGUUUUUGUUCAGAGUAAUAAUUAUUGUAGAUGAUAUUGAUUAUUUUUUUUGUUGUAAUAUUUUCUUAUCUAGAUUUUUAUUUUUUGACUAAUAAAGA